AACAGAUUGUUGUCGAAAUCGUAGGUUUGUUUGAAUAUUCACAAUUUACAUAUCAUAUUUAGCAAGAAGAAAUAAAGCAAUACUCACGUCUCCUCGGUCGUUGAUGAAUGAGACGACGGUCUGUUGAUAUUUAAACAGAUUCAGCUGUGACGGGUAAAUGUUGUACAGUGGUCGUCCACGGCACCUAAGCACAAUUUAAAACACGCGGCCCUCAUGAUGUUUAAAUGGAAACAUUAUGACAUUGUUGUGACAACCUUUAGCAACAACGUAGAAUCCUCAACCUUUUUGCAAGGUUGGUACAACGUUGUAGAAAGGUCGCUACAUUGAGACAACGUUGUGUAUUUGUUGGGAAGUAACAAUUAGCCCCGUGGUAUUAACAUUCUAAAAUGAACGUAUUUCAAUAUACAAUUUACCACUGUUAUUGAAGACUUGAUAUCCGUUAAAAAAAAAUGAAGGAGAACUUUUACAAAAAGAAUCCUUUUACUGACCCAAGACCCGCCCAUUUACCCAUCAUAUUAACCGCUCAGAUUCUAGUCAACUGUGAUUGGUCCUGGCUGCUUAGCGUUGAGAAAAGUAACAAUUACCCCGUGGUAUGUACUUUCUAAAAUUAACGUAUUUCAAUAAACAAUUCACCGCUGUUAUUGAUGACUUUACCCCUUAAUCAAGGAGAAAUUUUAUGAAAAAAAUAAAAACCCGUUUACUGAUUCAAGACCCGCCCAUUUAACCCAUCACAUUAACCGCUCACAUUCUAUUACAAUGAAGACUGACGUCGCGUUUCAGUUGCGGCCUGUCAUCGGUGAGGCUUGGUUGUGCAUCUGUAUGGACGCUGCAGUUACAUCCCAUAGCUCAAUGUUACAUCUUUUACAAGCUACAUAUUUCCGUCGGCACCGAUGUUUUCCUUGGUAAUCGUGUCAUCACUCCUGGCUGUUUCGGCUAAUGCGGAUUUUUUCCAAUUCGAAAGCAUCUCCAAUGUUUCUACCUAUUAUUUCAAUUACAUCUAUUGCAAUAUUUGGGAAGGCGACUGUCAACCACAUCAGGAUGAUGCGACUCAACAAGUGCCUACUGGGGACGUUUGGUCAGGGUUUCCCCAGUACUACACUGGCAUACUGACAGCCUGGUACUGCAGCGUGGGUCAGUGCUGCGAUUCAGGAGACUGCAGGAUCACAAAUAACAUCACAGGAUUGGAGCGAGAUCUCCAGCUGAAGCUCCACGGGCAGCAUCUGGCCCAGUCUGUGGUUCUGAAAGCGAUUCAAGGCUUCAUCAAAAACCCUGAGUCCAACAAACCUCUGACUCUGUCCUUUCACGGCUGGUCUGGGACAGGCAAGAACUUUGUGGCCCGGAUAGUGGCGGACAACCUGUACCGGGACGGUAUAAAGAGCGAAUGUGUGCGUUUGUUCAUUGCCCCAUUCCACUUCCCACAUGCGAGGUUGGUGGACGUGUACAAGGGCCAGCUGAGAGAAGCCAUUCGAGACAUGGUUCUACGCUGCCCACAGACUCUCUUUAUCUUCGAUGAGGCCGAAAAACUUCAUCCGGGACUCAUUGAUGCUAUAAAGCCCUACAUGGACCACUACGAUAAUGUGGAUGGGGUCAGCUAUAGGAGAGCCAUAUUUCUGUUCUUAAGCAAUAUCGGUGGUGGUGCCAUCAAUGAGGUGGCGCUGGAUUUCUGGCACUCAGGACAGAACAGGGAAGAUAUUGGCAUGGAGGACCUGGAACAUCUUCUGCGGGCUGAAGCCAUGGAGGCAGAAGGAGGUUUUGCACAGAGCGAGCUGAUGUCAGGCCAUCUGAUUGACUUCUUUGUACCGUUCUUGCCGCUGGAGUACCGUCACGUGAAGCUAUGUGCCCAUGACGCGUAUGCAGCUCGUGGCCUUCAGCCGGACGAGGGAACGCUGGACGAAGUGGCCAAAGCCAUGCUGUAUGUUCCUAAAGAGGAGAAACUCUUCUCUGCACAAGGCUGCAAAUCCAUCCCCCAAAGAAUCAACUUCUUUCUACCGUAACGGCAUUAAAGAAACACACAACAACACACUUGAAUGGAGCAGAAAUGACUGCUGAUGCCUGAAAUGCACAUUAAACAACAUUGACAAUGCAAGCGAAAGAAAAAAAAGUGGAGUUUCAAUCUUACACUCUUGACAGAAACAGAGGGGCUUGUUCAUAGCAACCCCUUCUUUAAUUAUAUUUUUAAGAACUUUUUAUCUACACUACAGUUUACAUGCAUUGAUGUGUACUUAAGCAACAGAACCUCUUUAAAAAUUGUGCAUUUACAGUCAUGUACUUAAAGUGGAGGCCUAGCAGCCAUAGACACAACAGUAUAUUUAUUUUUUACUUUCAAAGUUGAUGGAAUUGUUGUUUGCAACCAUACAUAAUAUUUAUUUUAAGUUAAACCAGAUAUUCUAGAUUAUAGGUCUCAAACUGGAUUCCCGGAUAGCUGCAGCUCUGCACAGUUUAGUUCCAACCCUGCUUCAACACACUUAAGCUGCGGGUCACACUAUAGUUGGAGCAUGCGAAAUUCUGUAGUACGGCGCUGCGAAAAGGGGUGGGAUUAAACAAGAUGAUUAGACAUUUAAAAAAGGUGAGCGAUUGGUCCAUAUUUUAAAUUGAACUGCGAAACUUGACGCACGAACUUGCGUUUCCCGUCUGACGCAUUCGCCUGCGUAUGAAUGGAAGUCAAUGGGGAGAAAAGUGCAGUGUGUCCGCAGCUUAAAGCUACAGUCACACUGGGCUUUGUGUGUGCGAAAUUCUGUCGUACGGCGCUGUGAAAAGGGGCGGGAUUAAACAAGAUGAUUAGACAUUAAAAAAAGCGAGCGAUUGCUCCAUGCUUUAAAUUUCUGUCCAGAGAGGUCGUGUUUUGAUCCUCGAUUGGUCUCACGCAGUCAAGUGAUGCGGUUUUGCAGGUCAGAGUUCAUCAAGCUUGAACUUUGCACCGCAGCGAACUGCGAAACUUAACGCAAGACCCCGCGUUUCCGGUCUGACGCAUUCGCGUGCGUAUGAAUGGAAGUCUGUGGGAAGAAAAGUCAAAUGUGACUGCAGCUUUACUUGUAGGUUUCAAACAAGCCUGAAGGACUCAAUUAGUUUGAUCAGGUGAGUUUAAUUAUGGUUAAAGCUAAAGUGUGCAGAGCUGUGGCCCUCCAGGAACUGGAUUUGACACGUGUUUUAGAACAUAGGUCUCAAACUGGAUUCCUAGAGGGCCGCAGCUCUGCACAGUUUUGCUCCAACCCUAAUCAAACACAGCUGACCCAAAUAAUCGAGGUGUUCAAAAGAGUCUCCAACACCUUGAUUAGUGGCAUCAGCUGUGUUUGAUUAGGGUUUGAGAAAGCCUGCAGAGCUGCGGCCCUCCAGGAAUCCAGUUUGAGACCUAUGUUCUAGAAGUACAUACGAAUCAACUGGAUCUGCUAGGCUUCCGAUAUUAGUAUAUUAUUGCGAAAGCAUUUUUUCACAACUAAAAGACCAUUUUAAAUUAUAUUGUGUGUCGCUACAUUUUAUGUUCACCUGAAAUAUGUUUUUGAAGUUGCUGUUUCAGAACUUUUGGUUCAUCUUGGCUCUUUUCAAUAGUCAUCGUCUGCAUUAAUUAUCACAUUUCAUAAAAAUCUUGUGUUUGAUUUAUGUAUACUUGUUUGUGUGUUGAAUUGUUGCUGGGGUUUUUUACUGGCACACUACAGGUUAAAUGUUUUGCUUUGUUUUUUCAUUGAUGUUUGUAUUUUGAACACAUUCUGACAUGAAAAUGUGGAAGUGGUGUAAUAGCCGGGAAAAAGGUGAAUAUAUGUUACUGAAAUGUAAAUGCAGGUAGAAAAAGUGAGAGUGGUAAGCCUGACAAACAUGACACUAAGGGAAUUACAUUAAAUAUGAUGCGUAAUGUAAUGCACAUUUUCAUAUGAACACGUUUUUCUGUAGUUUGAUGAUUUAUCACAUUAACCUUCAUUGCACAAGACUGGACAAGCAUCUUCAAUCAUUUUUUAUAAGCAAAACUAUUUAUUUUGGGGGGGGGGUUUGACAGCCAAAGCAGGGGUGCCGCUGGGCGGGGGAAAGUUAGGAUGAUUCUAAGGGCCCACACCAUUUUGGGGCCCCCAGUGAUACUAUUAGGGGCCCACCAGAACCACCAUGCUCUUCACUUUUCACGACACCAACGAAAUGUUGUCAUAGCCCCGUACCCGCCAGCAGCACCCCUGGCCCAAAGUGUCACUUUUAACGGUUUAAGAUGUGCUUGAACAAAACUAAAGGUCAGUGUUUGGUCUUUAUUUUUACGUCACCAGCUAAAUAUACUUUGGUGAAGGUUUAAUAAUUUAAGACUAGUAAUGCUGAAUGGGAUUGGACAUUUAGUUGCUUGUCCUCAGCAUUUCAGCUAAGGGUUUGACCUAGUUUUAUCUGUUAUUUUUGGCUGACAAGAUAAAAUUCUACAUUACUAUUUCGAAUUACGAACACUGACACCAGGGGGAAAUGCGCAAAUGAUCCUGCUUCAGAUAUUUGUCUUCAGAGAAAGAAAUAAAUGUUAAAUGUGCCAAACUUUUAAAACAUUUACUUGUUCUAUAUUUAUUUUAACAUCUUGCUUGGUUUAAUAAAUUGCAGUGGAGUAAA